AUGGAUAGAAGUUGGAUGUUCGGAAAACGCACUACAUUCCCAUAUAUGCAAGGGGUUCAAGAGUUUAUACAAUGUGCUGAAGAAAAUAUGAGUAAAAAGGGGGAGGACUUUAUUGUGUGCCCGUGUUGCGAUUGUCAGAAUUUUAAAAGAUAUCGUAGUUCUGAUGAAGUGAAGAGUCAUUUGAUACGUCGUGGUUUUAAUGAAGGAUACACAAGAUGGAUAUGGCACGGUGAAAGCUUAAUUCCUAGUACAAGUGUAAUUAAGGAAACUUAUAUAGAUAGUGAAACUCAUGCACACGGUAAAACUAAAGCAAAUUGUCAAACUCUUGAAGAUAAUGAGAAGAAUAAUGCAUCUCAUGUUAGCAAUGAUGAGAAUGAUGAAGAUAAUGAUCGAAUAGAUGAAAUGAUGCGUGAUGUGCAGGAAGAUUUUAGUGAAAUGCCUCCUGAAUUUAAAAGUUUGUUUGACAAUGCUGAAAAACCGUUGUUUCCUGGAAGUACUAAAUUUACUAAGUUAUCUGGAGUGCUUAAAUUAUAUAAUUUAAAAGCAAAAAAUGGAUGGAGUGAUAAGAGUUUCACGGAAUUAUUAGAACUAAUAAAAGACAUGCUUCCGGGUGACAAUGAACUUCCUAAUUCAACUUACGAAGCAAAAAAAAUGUUGUGUCCUUUGGGUAUGGACAUUGAGAGGAUACAUGCAUGUCCAAAUGAUUGUAUUUUGUAUUGGAAAGAUUACAAAGACUUGCAUGUGUGUCCAAAGUGUGGAGCAUCACGUUAUAAAAACAAAGAUGCAUGUAAGAAUAAGAAAGGUCCCCCAGCCAAAGUAUUAUGGUACUUACCCGUAAUACCAAGAUUUAAACGCAUGUUUUCUAAUCCAAGAGAGGCAAAAAAUUUGCAAUGGCAUGCUAUUGGAAGAAAAGAAGAUGGAAAACUGAGACAUCCAGCUGAUUCACCUCAAUGGAGAAAUAUUGAUAGGAGGUGGCCUGAUUUCGGUUCUGAAAAUAGAAAUCUUAGACUUGGACUGUGUACUGAUGGAAUGAAUCCUCAUGGUAACAUGAGCAGUCGAAAUAGUACUUGGCCUGUUCUUUUAGUAGUUUACAAUCUUCCUCCUUGGUUGUGUAUGAAAAGAAAAUACAUCAUGUUGUCGUUGUUGAUAUCAGGACCUAAACAACCAGGAAAUGACAUUGAUGUAUAUCUAGCGCCACUUGUUGAGGAUUUAAAGAUUUUGUGGAAUGAAGGUGUGUCGGUGUAUGAUGCUUAUACUCGAAGCAGAUUUACCUUACGUACAAUGAUUUUUUGCACAAUAAAUGAUUUCCCAGCUUAUGGUAACCUAUCGGGUUAUACUACUAAAGGAGCUAAGGCAUGCCCAAUUUGUGAAGAUGAAACUUCCAGUCUAUGGUUGAGUAACUGUAAAAAGAAUGUGUUCAUGAGCCACAGGACAUUUCUCCCUACGGGUCAUCCUUAUCGUAAGAAGAGAAAGGCUUUUAAUAGAAAUCUUGAGACUCGAGUUGCUCGUUUACCUUUAUCUGGAGAUACUAUUUAUGAACGUGUUAAGAAUAUUGAAGUUGAUUUUGGUAAGACUUGUAAGACUAGUCAAACGACUCCUUGGAAGAAGAGGUCUAUAUUUUGGGUUCUACCAUAUUGGGAGCAUUUAUCAGUUAGACACUGUCUUGAUGUUAUGCAUGUUGAAAAAAAUGUUUGUGACAACAUUAUUGGGACACUGUUAAACAUUCAAGGGAAGACGAAAGAUAGUGUUAAGGUUCCUUCUGGGUAUUCGUCGAAUAUUAAGAAACUUGUGUCGAUGAAGGACCUUAAGUUGGUUGGCAUGAAUAAAGUUAUUGAUCUAGAUGUAUUAGAUGAUUUGCAGGCUGAUGUGGUUGUUACUUUGUGUCAAUUUGAAAUAUAUAUGGGAAUAUUGAAAGGAUAUGUGAGAAACCGGUAUCGACCUGAAGGGAGUAUAAUUGAAGGUUAUGGUGCUGAAGAAGUCAUUGAUUUUUGUACUGAUUAUUUAGCUAAUGUUGAGUCAAUUAGUGUUUCUAAGUCUCGUCAUGAAGGAAGACUCACCGGGAAAGGUACUAUUGGGUACAAACCAGUUUCUCCACCUUUGCAGUUGCGAAAUAAGGCACAUAAUCUCGUAUUGCAACAUCUUUCUGAGGUACAUCCAUACUUGGGCCAACACAUGUCCCUGAUAAGAGAACAAAAUCCUUUAAAGGGUGAAAGAUGGGUGACCAUUGAACACAAUCGCACAUUCAUCACAUGGUUCAAAGAUAUAGUGAUGAAAGACGACUUAUCUCAAGUCAGUGAAACCAUCAAAUGGUUAGCAUAUGGACCUGAUUUGCUUGUAAGUUGUUAUGAAGGUUAUGACAUAAAUGGAUAUACAUUUUACACCAAGCGACAAGAUGAAAAGAGUGUGGUGCAAAAUAGUGGGGUUACACAAGUAGCAUUAUCAAAAGAUUAUUCAAGUGCUAAGGAUACUAAACCGAUUGAUGCUGCUAUGUCUUAUUAUGGUGUGAUUGAAGAAAUUUGGGAACUUGAUUACAAAGUGUUUAAAAUUCCUCUAUUCAAAUGUAGUUGGGUCGAUAAUAGAAGAGGCGUUCGGAUAGAUGAAUUCGGUUUUACUUUGGUUGAUUUUGAACGGUUGGGUUAUCAUGAUGAACCAUUUAUACUUGCAUUUCAGGAAAAACAAGUGUUUUAUGUUUCUGAUCCUGUUGAUAAUAAGUGGUCAAUUGUGUUACAAAGCAAAAGAUCUAUUGUUGGUGUUGGUGAUGUUGUGGAUGAGGAAGAGUAUGAUCAUUUUGAUGAAACUCCUCCAUUUUCUAUUGGCGUUCAGUCUUUAUCUUUAGAAGAAGAUAACCUUGAAAUAAGUUACAUGCGUAGUGAUCAUGAAGAAGGAUUGUGGGUUGACAAUAGGUUGUAA